AUGGCACAGCUGCCUCUGCUCAAGUUCGUCCAGAUGCUGCCUGCUGCAUCGCCAUGUGCCAGCCUGGAACGCCUGGAUAUUGUCAACAAGAACCUGAUUGGUCGCUUAGAUGAGCUUUCACCAGAAUUGCUGGCCUUUCAACUCGGAAAGCUGACGCCGAGUCUCCGCGAGCUGAGCCUUCGCCAAAGAUUCGCUGCGGAGUACGUUCCUGGUCGUAUCACCGCUCUGCCUUUCACUUCUCUAACUCUCUUGGAGAGCCUGACGCUCUUCGAGUGUAACCGGCUUUCCAGCCUGCCGGAGGAGAUUGGAUGCCUGCAUGCCCUGAAGACUCUCGUGCUGCACAGGCUGCCACUCGUGGCCCUCCCGGACUCCCUCUGCCACCUGCCUUCCCUUGAGACAUUCCUCCUCAUCCAAUGCAUUACCAGCCCGCAGGUCCUCCAGCUGCCUGCAGAUUUCUGCUGCCUCACGUCCCUCCAAACCCUCGCCAUUCUGAGGAUGCCGCGGGUGAGGCUUCCAGAGAACAUUGACGUCUCCGUGCUGCCUUGGCUGAGAAAGCUCUCCUUGAAGCUGGUUGGUGCGGAGGAGAGGAUGGCUGUGGGCAGCAGCUUGGCGCGCGUGAAGCAGGUGGAGGUGGCGCUGCAGGAGGAGGCUGUGGAGCUGCCCUUGUCCCUUGCGCUGCUCCCCCAGCUGCACACGCUGGUCAUGUGGAACGCGGGGAAGAUGCAGCGGCUUCCAAGCGACAUGGGAUGGGCUGUGCCGCAGCUGAGGGUUCUGCAGAUCCACUGUGCGCGGGAAUUGAGGGAGCUGCCGGACAGCAUUGGCGCUGCAUCCCGCCUGCGCCAGCUGCACCUCUUAGACUGCCCCGCUCUGCACCACCUGCCUGCUUCCCUCACGCACCUCUCAUGCCUCCACGAGCUGCAUGUGGAAAACAGCGGCCCGCGCUGCCUUCCUUCAGGUAUUGCACAGUUGACCAGGCUGCGCAGUCUUAGCUUGCAUGGCUGUGUGGAGCUGCAGGGUCUUCCAGACGAUCUCACGGAGCUGAAAAUGCUGCAAUACUUGGGCAUUAAGAAUUGCAGCAAGGAUGUGUGGGGUGGGUGGGACGCAUCCAGCUCCAUGUCAUCCUCAUCCUUUUACGGAUCGCGGCUCCAUGCGAAGCCGUCUUCCCUCCCGGCGCAAAGAAAUGCCGCUGGAGCGGUUACAGUUCGCGCUGACAUGUGGAAGAAGCUCGGUGGCCGAGGACUGAUCAGGGAGGACAUUUUGAAGAGCGAUAAAGCCAAUGAGGUUUUGUGGAAUCAGCCAGCAAGACCCGGGAAGGACACGACGAAAGAGAAGCUGCCGAUCGACAAGGAACUCGUUGAGGGCUUCGACAAGGAGCUCAAUGGCCUGACCGGCGGCUUUCCUGGUGGCGAGAAGGGGCUCGCUACAUUCCUGAAAAACAACCCGCUGCCAGCCAAAUACGCAGCGGCUUCCUCGGAGCUCGCUAACGUUCAAAAGCGGUUGUCUGAAGCUGCAGCUGCCAUCGCUUCCUCCGUUCCCAAGCCCCUUGCGCCGCCGUUGCUUAUGCCUGGCAUGACUGUCAAGGUUAUCAAUCCUAGGGACGCCUACUACCAGUACUCUGGCAUUGUCCAAAGACUGACUGAUGGGAAUGUCGCAGUGUUGUUCGAGGGUGGCAACUGGGACAAGCUCGUGACCUUCCGGCUGUCUGAGUUGGAAAGGACAAAGAAGGGACCUCCUGGCUCUAACCCUAAGUCCGCGUCCCUUCAGUCAGACCCCGCCUUCCAGAAGUAG